CGUGUAAGUGGGUGUGUCGAGUGACUUAAAACUUUAUAAUGAGUUAAAGUUUGAUCAUGGCCGUGUGGACCCGCGCGGACAAACAGGGUCAUUUGGACCUGCUGUUGAGCGACCGCUGGGUUCGUGUCUCUGCCGAACUCACCCGGGACACUCUCACGCUCACGGCAGAGAACGAACCGAGCGGGUCCGCGGGAUAUCCGGAGCACAACUCCCAUUUAAGAAAUGGCGUUUCCAAUGGCAACGAACAGAGCCGAGAGGUUUAUCCGAACCGCGGCCAAUACGACAGCCCGGGCCGAGUCAACGGGACGGACUCGGAGUCCAGCUGUCCGGGUUAUUUUGACUCGCCGGGGCCGGAGGGAGUUCGGCGAGUUCGGAUAGUCAAGCAGGAGGCCGGAGGACUGGGGAUCAGUAUAAAAGGUGGACGGGAGAACCGCAUGCCUAUCCUCAUCUCGAAGAUCUUCCCCGGUUUAGCGGCGGAUCAGAGUCGGGCUCUACGGGUCGGCGAUGCGAUCCUAUCCGUUAACGGCAACGACCUCUGCGAAGCUACACAUGACGCGGCGGUGCAGGCGUUGAAGAAGGCCGGAAAAGAGGUGACGCUGGAGGUAAAGUAUAUCAGAGAGGUGUCACCUCUGUUUAAGAAGUCCUCCGUGAGCGGGGAUCUGUCCUGGGAUGGGCGCCUUCAGUCUCCAAAACUCAGCAGCAGCGACGAUUCGCCCAGGAGCAGUGUGAGCCGUGACCGGAAGGUCAUUCCUCUUAAAAUGAGCUACAUUAGCCGAAAUCUCACCAUGCCCGACUUGGAAAACAGGUUGUUGGAGCUUCACUCUCCAGAUGGUCAGCACACCGUAGUGUUGAGGUGUAAAGACGGAGCCAGCGCUCACUCCUGGUUCACUGCCAUUCACACAAACAUUGCCGCUCUUCUGCCACAAACGCUCGCUCAUAUCAACUCCUUCCUGAGCAGCCAAAACACGCACUGCUCUCUGAAACACAUCGGCUGGAUGGCGGAACAGCUUGAUGAUGGUGGUCGACAUCAGUAUAGGCGAGUUGUGAUGGCACUUACAGAGAAAGACAUCCUGCUCUUCCAGUCAAUGCCGUGGACAUAUGAGAAUUGGACCGCCCCUUUCCUUACACACCCACUACUUGCUACACGGUUGGUUCACUCUGGCAGCGUCCGCAGCUCUCCGGCUCUGGGUGGAGAUUUGGUGUUUGCCACACGCACAGGAACAGGUCGAGGUAUCGAGUCGCAUGUGUUUCGUGUGGAAACGCAUUGGGAUUUGUCCACGUGGACACGGGCACUGGUGCAGGGUGGACAUUCAGCAGCUGAGCUUAUUAAAGAGGUUUCCAUAGGUUGCGUGUUAAACAGACAGGACGUGUGUCUGAUCCUGCAUUAUGACAGAGGUUUCACUGUGACGCGGGACUCGGGUGAAUCCGUGCUCUUCCACUUCCCAUACGAGCGACUUAAGAUGUCUGGAGACGAUGGAGUUAGGAAUCUCUACCUGGACUUUGGGACUCCAGAGGGGGAGAUGGUCUUUGAGCUUCAUUCAGGGCCAAAGCCGGUGGUCUUCGUACUUCAUUCAUUUCUCUCUGCCAAACUGGCACGUUUGGGUCUGCUCACGUAAAAUCACCAGGAAAUGAUGUGGGUUUAUGUUACCGAAUUAUAGAUCAUUCCACAAAGUUCAAGCAGUGUUUAAUAGUUGUGCUUUUCGGUCUGCUGAAUAGCCAAAACGCGUUGACGCCACCGUUGAGAGGCGUGCAAGCACAUUACGUUUUCCUCCGAUCAGGAACACCAUUUUGUGCCUUCUCAUCUAGAGUAUGCAAUCUUUAACUCAUGUUUUGUAGGCUUAAAGCUACAGUAGAGCUUUGCAGAAUAACCAAAAUCUAAAUAUUAUUCUUGUAUGGUCUACGUUAAGGGCUGUUUUACACAUACUGUAUGUGCAUAUUUACAUAUUUUAUAUAUUGCAUGGCAAAGACUGUUAUGUCAUAAUAAUAUGACUUAUAUAUGUAUCAUUAGUUUAUAACAGAGCGAUGCACCUGCUGUUUACACAGAGAGUGAAGCUUUUUAACAUUCCCUCAUAUUUCACCACCAAAAAGUUUUUAGCAGAAUUAUUACUUGUAUAUAAAGCAUAGGAAUAUUAUAUAUCUGUUACUACAUUUAUGAAGGUAAUGUCAGGCCAGGUUUAUACCUUGAAUUAGUUUACUGUAUAUUAAUAUACUGCUCGUGUUUUCAGUAUUAGAUGAGUGUUUAGUUUAUAUUAGCACAUAUUAGAUACAGAUUAUAUUCUGUUAAUGCAAAUUUACUGAACCUCAGUGUCAUAUAUAUAAAAUAGGAAUUAUAGUGUAACUAUAUAAAUAUACUUUAUCAACAAUUUAGCAUUUUAUUUAAUGCAUGCAAUGCAGUUACAAUCGUUUUGAUGAGUUUAGCAAAGUACCUCCUGUAUCUCUCACUUUAUCACAUUAUCAUAGCAUAUUUAGAAAAGUCUUAAAUUGGGUUGCUGUGAAUCAUCCGUCUUAACCCUUGCUGAGCUCACCUGUUUGUUUAGUCUGCUAAUCCCUCAUUGCUAAAUAGAGGAUGUUGUUAACCCUUAAUAGACACCACAUUCCCUUUUUAGUUUAGAAAAGUUGAUUGGGACACAAAAAAGGUAGUAGUUAAAAGGUUAAGAAACUAAAUAAUAAAAAGAGGUGAUACAAACAGCAUCCUUAUGACUGUGAGCAAUGCACGACACAAACAGAAGCAAUAUUUAUUUGAUUCAUUUAGCAUAACUAUGCAAGGUAUCUAGCUUAGUACACUUUUAAUACACUAUGUGUGCACAAGGACACGUUUUCAAGCGCUCUUAAAUGUUUUUUUAUUGUAUUGUACAUACUAACAUCACACAUAGUUGUUUUUCCUCACAUACAUGGAGGUCUCCAUGAACAUUUAAUAUGUGAUGCUUUGAAUUUUCAUGUUAUUGAUCGUUCUUUUACUCUCUUAUGCUUAUGUUUUGUUUCUAUAUUGCAUUUAUGAUUAUUACUUGCAUGCGUAUACGUCUUGUUUCUAAAGGAAAACAGUUUUUUUUUUUUUUAGGUUAAUUGCACUUGUUUCAGUGAGAUGUUUUGCCUGAUAUUUGCCAUGACCAAUGCUUCAGACUAUGAAUGUACUUCUUUACAAACUUCUAGAUACAUGCCUCGUUUUAUUAUAUUGUUAGUAUUAUUUUGUUUUGUAUUGCGUUAUUUCUUUGUGUUUAUUAGCAGCUCAAUUCUUACUUUUGAAGUAUGAUAGUUUAAACCAAAGUUCAUUUGUGGCAGCUUGCGAUACACAAUCAAAUGCAAAUGUUUGUAAGAUUGCUCUCACGGCCUUUAACCUGAAGCUAUGCACAGUAUGUAAAUAUCCUAUAUAAAUAAAAGCACAUGUUCAUUAAAA